AAUCGGUUGAGAGCUGAGCUGGACAUACUGUGGGAGCCGGAGCGCGGCUUUGGGGUGGUGGGUGCGAACGGUUCUGACCUGUUCCCUUUUAGACAAUGGCGACAUAUCUGGAGUUUAUUCAGCAGAAUGAAGAACGGGAUGGCGUGCGUUUUAGUUGGAACGUGUGGUCUUCCAGCCGUUUGGAGGCUACAAGAAUGGUUGUUCCCCUGGCUUGUCUCUUUACUCCUUUGAAAGAACGUCCAGACCUACCUCCUGUGCAGUAUGAACCUGUGCUUUGCAGCAGGCCAACUUGCAAAGCUAUUCUCAAUCCACUUUGUCAGGUUGAUUAUCGAGCAAAACUUUGGGCCUGUAAUUUCUGUUUCCAAAGAAAUCAGGUCUAUUACAAAUCGUGCAGAUUUCUGCAGCCCAUCCACAAGAUUGACAUGAACCUCACUGAUCUUCUUGGGGAGCUGCAGAGGGACCCAUGGCCCGUAACACAGGGGAAGAGACCUUUGCGGUCCACAGGUGUUGCCUUGUCCAUCGCUGUUGGCCUGUUGGAGGGCACGUUUCCAAACACGGGAGCCAGGAUCAUGCUGUUUACUGGAGGUCCCCCUACCCAGGGGCCUGGUAUGGUUGUUGGAGAUGAAUUAAAGAUCCCUAUUCGGUCAUGGCAUGAUAUUGAGAAAGAUAAUGCACGUUUCAUGAAAAAGGCAACAAAGCACUAUGAGAUGCUUGCUAAUCGAACUGCUGCAAAUGGUCACUGCAUUGAUAUUUAUGCUUGUGCCCUUGAUCAAACGGGACUCUUGGAGAUGAAGUGUUGUGCAAAUCUCACUGGGGGCCACAUGGUAAUGGGAGAUUCUUUCAACACUUCUCUCUUCAAGCAGACCUUCCAAAGAGUUUUCAGUAAAGAUUUUAAUGGAGAUUUCCGAAUGGCAUUUGGUGCUACUUUGGAAGUAAAGACCUCUCGGGAACUGAAGAUUGCCGGAGCCAUUGGUCCGUGUGUAUCUCUGAAUGUGAAAGGACCAUGUGUGUCAGAAAAUGAGCUUGGUGUUGGUGGCACAAGUCAGUGGAAGAUCUGUGGCCUGGAUCCCACAUCUACACUUGGCAUCUACUUUGAAGUAGUCAAUCAGCAUAAUGCCCCAAUACCCCAAGGAGGCAGAGGCGCCAUCCAGUUUGUCACACAGUACCAGCACUCCAGCACCCAGAGACGCAUCCGUGUGACCACCAUUGCCCGAAACUGGGCAGAUGCACAGAGUCAGCUCAAGCACAUAGAAGCAGCGUUUGACCAAGAGGCCGCAGCAGUCUUGAUGGCGCGGCUUGGCGUAUUCCGAGCGGAGUCAGAAGAGGGGCCUGAUGUGCUCAGGUGGCUGGACCGGCAGCUCAUCCGACUGUGUCAGAAGUUUGGACAGUAUAACAAAGAAGACCCCACUUCUUUUAGGUUAUCAGAUUCCUUUUCUCUAUAUCCUCAGACCAUAGCCCAGUGGCGUAAAGCUGGGUACCAGGACAUGCCUGAGUACGAAAACUUCAAGCAUCUUCUGCAGGCACCACUGGAUGAUGCUCAAGAAAUUCUGCAGGCGCGCUUCCCGAUGCCGCGUUACAUUAACACGGAGCAUGGCGGCAGCCAGGCUCGAUUCCUUUUGUCCAAAGUGAACCCGUCUCAGACACACAAUAACCUGUAUGCUUGGGGACAGGAGACUGGAGCGCCCAUCCUGACUGAUGACGUUAGCCUGCAGGUGUUCAUGGAUCACUUGAAGAAGCUGGCGGUCUCCAGUGCCUGUUAACCUGAGCGUGUGACCAGGAAAUUGAAGAGAACGCUGUGUUCACAAUUGUUUAUAAAGGCUUAGUAACAUUCCUUUUACUUUUCUGGCAGAUUUUAAUAAAUAAUCAAAGGAAAUUUUGUAUGUAACUAUAGAUUAUAACUUAUUUGUAUUCCUUAUCUGUGUCCCUUUUCUUGCACCAUAGAAUUAAGGUCAUAAAUGUUUUGGUACUUGUAGAUGUUUAUGUGCUUUUUGUAGCCUAAUUUUUAGAGUCUAAAUGAAAUCAGAAGUAAUGUAUUUUGGUAGUUUGUUUAGGUGAACAUAAAGGAAAUAAACCUGAAUGAGGAAAAUACUGGCUAAAAUGCUGCUAAUACAAAUUUGAUUUCCUGA